GCUCGCGGCCACAAGUGCCUCUCACUCCUGACCAAUCAGCGCAGAGCGUAACGGCUUCUUAUCGCCAGGGACUUACCUGCGGCGCCCGUGACCAGCCUGGACCAGGGCCAAGCCAGCGCGCGCUGGAAUCGGCGGCUUCCUGGUGCAUGUGUUUCGGCGAGUUCGGGGCGAGACGAUGAGCAGGACUCGGACGCUUCGCGUGCAGUGCGGGCGGAGCACGCGGGCGCUUUAUGUGCUGGGCACGGAGCUCGCGGUGCACUUACACAGGAGCGCCCCCCCUGGUGCCAAGUUCUUCUCCGUGAAAUGCAGCCCUACGGUGCAGUACAGGAUCGAGAACUCUCCCCAGGAUGGAGGAGGAGAGACCCCCAUGCUCACCGAGAAGUCCAUUCUCUUCAUCACGAUGGCGGCGGCGAGCGAGCAGCCUGGAGAGAGCAAGCUCUCCGUGAGGUUCUAUGGACAGAAGAUGGAGAAGGUGGACACGGCCGUGGUUCACCUCACAGCUGUUGAGAUCUCCCUGGAUGUGGAUGCUGACCGAGAUGGCGUUGUCGAGAAGAAUAACCCCAACAAGGGCUCAUGGAAGUGGGGUCCCAACGGACAUGGGGCCAUCCUCCUGGUCAACUGUGACUCUGAGUGGACCAUCAAGAAAAAAGUCGACAGCGAAAGCGAGGAAAUAACAAGAGUCUCGGACCUCAAGGACAUGUCCCGGAUGCUUCUACGAACCAGAGGGCCCUCUCAGCUGCCUGAAGGCUACAAGUUGGUCAUGCACAUCUCUCAAACAGACAGCGAGGGCAUCAGGGUCUUCCAAUCCCGGGUGCAGUCAGGGGGUGCCUCUCAAAACCUGCUUAAGAAGAUUAUCUACAAGACCUUCCUUAAGGAGUUCCCUUUGGUGCUGAGCAACAAAGUUCUGUCCCAGGAAGUGCCCUACGUAGGGGGUGUCGCUGUGACAGAGUUCUUUGUGGAGGGUCUGCGGUUCCCAGACAAAGAUUUUGAUGGCCUGGUCACUAUCCACCUCAGUGUGCUGGAGCCCAUCGCCCAGGACUUCCCAGAGACGCCCAUCUUUACAGACAAGGUGGUGUUCCGCAUGGCCCCUUGGAUCAUGACGCCCAACACUCUGCCCCCAGUCGAGGUGUUUGUGUGCAGCGUGUCAGAUAACUACAAGUUCCUGAAAGACAUGAAGAAGUUGGUCCAGCAGAGCGGCUAUAAGCUCACGAUUUGCCACGAGUACAUGAAUCGAGGAGACCGUUGGAUGCAGGAUGAGAUAGAGUUUGGCUACAUCGAUUCUCCUCAUCAGAGAUUUCCUGUGGUGCUGGACUCCCCACGCGAUCGAGAGCUUGGAGAGUUCCCUUAUGAAGUGCUGCUGGGUCCAGACUUCGGCUAUGUGACCAGAGUGCCUCUGCAUGAGGAGGUCAGCAGCCUGGAUUCAUUUGGCAACCUGGAGGUUAGCCCCCCUGUCACAGUAAACGGGAAGAGUUACCCCCUCGGCAGGAUCAUCAUCGGAGUAGCCUUUCCCACGACCGUCCAGGGACGAAACAUGACCAAAGUAGUCCAAGACUUUUUGUGGGCUCAGAAGGUGCAGGAGCCCAUUGCGCUCUACUCUGACUGGCUCUGCGUGGGUCAUGUGGACGAGUUCAUGACUUUUGUCCCAGCUCCAGAUAGAAAGGGGUUCAGGCUGCUGUUGGCCAGUCCAGAUGCAGCAUACAAAUUGUUCAGAAGGCUGCAACAAGAUGGCCAUGGACAAGCCAAGAUGUUUGAUGGUCUUGGAGACACUGAAGAGAUUCCCCUGGACGACCUCUUGAGUAACACUCAGCUCCAGAAUGAAAACAGUUACGUUCAGAGCUGUAUAGACUGGAACCGGGAUGUUCUGAAGAGAGAGCUGGGCCUGGAUGACGACGACAUCAUUGACCUGCCCAUCCUUUUCAAACUGUUGGAGGAGAACUAUCGGGCUGCGGCCCUCUAUCCUGACAUGGUGAACAUGAUUGUGCUGGGUAAGAACCUGGGCAUUCCCAAACCGUUCGGCCCCAAGGUGAACGGCCGCUGUGCCCUAGAGGCCCAUAUGUGCUCUUUGAUGGAGGGCCUGGGCCUCCGCUGCACUUUCAUCGACGACUUUGCCUCGUACCACAAGAAGCUGGGCGAAGUGCACUGUGGCUCCAAUGUGCGCCGUGAGCCGUUCCCCUUCAAGUGGUGGAACCUGAAGCUGUGAGAGCCGAGGAUGGUCCCAGGCGGAGGGAUGGGGCAGCAAUUAUCAGCAGUCCUUGGUGGUGGUGACCGUGCUGGGGAAUCAGGCUGGUGCAAAGGGCUGUAAGUGGUGUAUGAUUCUAUACUGCUUGCAUUUAUCUGACACUUUUCUCUAGAACGACUUAGUUAUUUACUCAUUUAUACGUAGUGAUGUGUAAAACUGAUUAUUUAAUUGAGUGUCUGCAGUAAACUGCACAAGGGUCAGCUGGUAGCCUACGGGUUAGAACUGCUGUCUUUGGACCCAAAGGUUGCAGGUUUCAAUCCCACCCCUAGCUGUAAUACCCUUGAUCAAGGCACUUGCCCUAAAUUGAUUCAGUAAAAUUACCCAGCUAGGUCACCUGUCUAGUGCUGGUACACACCAUGCAGUUUACCCCAGGUGACCCCAGCGUAGCUACACACUCCGUCAUUGUUACAACACAGUAAAACUAACUCGGAACAGACCGGAAGGUGAAAAGAUCACCAAAUUACAUAUACAUUUAUUCAUUUAGAAGACGCUUUUCCCCAGAGCGACGUACAUCUCGCAGAAAAAAUAAUGUAUUCAUUCAUUACAGGAUUCAAAUGAACUCUGAACUGUUGUCAAAAGCCGUGUGGAAUUUUUGGAGAAUUAACUGAAACAUCUAAAGAGUUUGGGUCCUAAACCAACAGUCUGUGCUGAUUGCGUUUAUGCGUGUGUGUUCUGCUGAAAGGGUUAAACAGUAACACUGGGUCACUUACGGAUCACACUUUUAAACACUUAAAAGGGAGGGGGAAAAAAAAAAAAAAAACUUAGAUUAAGUGUGAAAAGAUCAUAAUGUUAGUGGAAUCUAGUAUUUUUAAUCAUAUUUUUAACCAUUUUAACAUAAAAUUACUUCUCUAGAAUGGUUUGUGCUUUGACUUUGUUAACCCUUUCACUUCAUGGUCCACACCUUGUACUUCUUCUGUGUCUAUUGGUAAUAUUCCCGUGUUGGGAGAGGGUGUAUAUCACAAUAAAAUUAAUUUACU